AUGUUUGAGCACUUCACCCUCUUCCAGACGCCCUCCCUCUUCGUCGCCUCCGCCGUGACAUUUGGCGGCCUAUGGCCCUUCUUCAACGCACACGGUGCCAUCCUCGAAUUCGGGCUCCCGCCGCGCGUCGCCCUGUCCAAGGAGGCGCAAGCUAUCAUGGUUCUCAGCUCUGCUCGCGGCACUGUCGUGGGCCUGUCUAUGUUCAUGCUGUACUUUCGCGAGAGGUUCGUGGAGUUUGAUAUGGUGAUGGCGACGCUUGGGCUUUACGUUGGGGCGGUCGACGCGUGGAUCUGUUGGAGGGAAGGCAUGCCUAGCAAGGCGGUGUUUAGGGGUGUUUCGGGAGCGCUGAUUGCUGCUUGGGGUCUUGCGGGAAUGACUGCGCCAGCGUGA